AUGGCUGCACAAAACGCUAACGGAUCCAUGAGCAAUGAUGACUCCUUUGAUGUUGUCAUCACUGACAAGUCAACCAGCACUGCACUGAGCCCAAACUUGGAAAAUGCUUCAUCUUUGGACUCUGCUCUAAUGGCUCCUACAACAGCAAAUGCUACCGUAAGAACAAGACGCAGUGCUGGCACUACUAAAAAGUCAAGUGUUUUUCAAUUAGUGAAAACUAAAAAUUCAUCAUCCAACAACCCUUCAACGACGUCAACAUCAGGAGUGCUGACAUCAUCGAGUAGUAUUAUGAACGGAACAAAACAUAGUGAUGACAGUAAUAGUUUUCAUAAUGUGAAUUUACAAGGUGAAACGGAAACGAACAGCGUGGACAUGAUGACCGAUUUGGAAAAACAACCAAUCGUGUUACCAAAAAUCGACCUCAAUCGAAACAUGGACCUUUUUCCAAACCCCAAAUCAUCUUCAGAAAGUGUAAAUAAUUUUUCUAGAAACUCAAGCAUGGUCGAAGAGUCUCCCAUUCGAGAAGACUCAGAAAAAAAGCAAAUGAGGAAAAGAAUAAUAUUUCAACUGAGACGAAUUAUUCAUCAAAUUAGGUUGUGGUGGUCCAUUAAAGCUGUCAGAUAUGCUUGCAUGGCAGUCACCACAAUGAUUGCCUUAUUUUUCAUCAUGACAUUGCUUGGAAUUUCUUUUGGAGGAAACAAAUCAUCAACAAUUCUAACACCAAACAUUGACAAGACUGCACCAGCAACACCAACUGAAGAAAAAUCUGUCACAUGGAUGGAAACUUUGGCUAGCUUCUUCUCCUCACAAAGUGCAGAGCCACCACAACCAGAAGAACAAAUUUUAACACUGUCGCCGGACCAAUACAAGACAAGUAUUGAGCAAUACUUGUCAAAAUCUAAACCAAUAAUUAUGAAAAAGUUUAGCAGCAAGUGGAUUGCAUCUUCGACUUGGAGCAAGGAAUUUAUUACAAAUCAAGAAUUUGAAAAGAGACUGAAGAGAUUGAAGAAAGAUCUUGCCAAAUGGACAAAGAAGAAAAAGAUUUCUCUCUCUAUUGCACCAUUGGAUGCUCUUUCUAGAUCAUUCUACAGGCUUCCUUUCAUUGCUUCAAUGAAAGAAUAUGAAUUUGAGUACGACUUUCCCCAGAAUUUAGAUCAAUUUGCAAAUUUCAAAAAAGUAUUUUCAGAGAUUUGGUUUACGAAAAGAACAAAGAAAGGAAGUCCUUUCAAUUUUGGAAGAAAUGAAAAUAUCAACAAGUUCAUGAUAUGUAUCAUUGACUCUGAUUCUCAAAUCAAAGUGUCCUUAACAUCUCCUCAGAAAGAAUUGACGGACACUGAGGUCAAGAAGACAGAUUGCAUUUUCAUUCCUUCUGGAUGGAGCUUCCAAUUUAAUGACGUCACAAAUGGUAAAUUUGUGACAUGGAUUUUUGAAUAA